GUUCAAACUGGAAAAAUGGCGGGGGUUCCCGAAGCUGUGGUGGCCGGCCCUCGGCAGGACGAAGCGCUGGUGGCCGCCCCAACCAGCCCGGGUCCGGGCCCCGCCGCCUCCCGAGAGGACCUCCGGGUGCGCUGCACGUCCAAGCGGGCCGUGAUGGAGGUGCUGGAACUCUGCAGCAGCUUGGUGCAGAAGCUCGGGGACGCGCUGCCGGCGGAAGUUCGGGAGCCUGUGGUGCGAGACCUGCAGUGGACUUUUGAAUCAGCGGUGCAGGAGAAUGUCAGCAUUAAUGGACAAACAUGGCAGGAAGCUUCCGAUAAUUGUGUUAUGGAUUCUGACAUCAAAAUGCUUGAAGAUCAGUUUGAUGAAGUCAUAGUUGAUUUAACAACAAAGCGUAAGCAGUAUCCCAGAAGGAUCCUUGAAUGUGUCAUCAAAACCAUAAAAGCACAGCAUGAAAUUCUGAAGCAGUACCACCCUGUUGUGUAUCCGUUGGACCUAAACUAUGACCCUGAUCCAGCUUCUCGUAUGGGGCAUCUGAAACAUAGAGGAGAAGCCAUUGCUAAGGAGAUCAGCGAGGCAAUGAAGUCCUUGCCUGUGUUAAUUGAACAAGGAGAUGGAUUUUCCCAAGUUUUAAAAAUGCAGCCUGUUAUCCAGCUCCAGAGGGUCCACCAAGAAGUCUCCUCCAAUUGUUACGGGAGAUCAGACGCUCAGCCUGAGAGCUUCAUAGCCAAAAUAGAAAGCACGCCGACAGAGGCUGCUUCCAGGAAGCCCUCUGACGUGGUGCUGAAGAGAAAGCGGCCUGCAGACUGCGCCCAGAGCAAGCGGUACCCUCGGCGACCCAAGAAGAUUCAUCUUGACACAUCAUAAGCUCCUCGUGUUUACAUUAGGAUUUGGACAUAGGCACUGGCAGCGUUUAGAUUACAGCCCAGGGUUUGGACAGGACUUUACCUAACACAACCAGUAACUCUUGUACUAGUGAUUCACUGGAAUAUGAUGUCACAGUUUUCAUUCCUCACCAUUUCCUCUGUAGUAGAUGAGAAGCAUGUACUUCGAAUCUUGGCACAAAGCUCAUUCAUGUGUGGUAGAAGUGUGUGGGCUUGCCUUGCUGCAUCUGUGGAAUUUCCUAGCAGCACGCCGUGUUGGGUUCCCUGGUGGUGCGGUG